AUGUCGCGAUUCAAGCAAUGGGUCGAGAAGAUCGAGGUGGAGAGCGAGCCCGGGUUGACCAACACCCAGUUGAUGUUGACCAACCAUGACUUACGGCCAGUUGAACCCGAACGUCGUCAAUGGAGGUGGUGGAACUUUAUUGCUUUCUGGGUUGCCGACUCGUUGAACAUCAACACUUGGAUGAUCUCGUCCUCAAUGAUCGUCGACGGUCUCUCCUGGUGGCAGUCGUGGAUCUGCGUCUGGGUGGGAUAUUUUAUUGCGGCCUGUUUCGUCUGCUUGACCGGACGCAUCGGUGCCGUCUAUCACAUUUCUUUCCCCGUCGUCUGCCGAUCGACCUUUGGGAUCUGGGGGUCAUUCUGGCCGGUGUUUAACCGCGCCGCCAUGGCGGUCAUCUGGUACGGAGUGCAGGGAUACAUUGGAGGCCAAUGCGUCACCUUGAUGAUCCGCGCCAUCUGGCCCAGCUACAACAACAUCCCCAACUCCAUCCCCGCCAGCUCGGGAGUAACGACGCGCGACUUUGUCAGCUUCUUUCUCUUCUGGCUUCUCUCGCUGCCCGCCCUCUGGUUCCCCGUCCACAAGAUCCGCCAUCUGUUCACGGUGAAGGCAGUCUACUCCCCCAUUGCCGCCAUCGCCUUCUUCGCCUGGGCCAUCUCCCGGGCCCACGGUCUCGGUCCCAUCGUGCACCAGUCCCACACGGUGCACGGUAGCACCCUGGCCUGGGCGGUGAUCAAAUCGAUCAUGAGCUGCCUGGGCAACUUCGCUACGCUGAUUGUCAAUGACCCGGACUUUUCGCGGUUCUCCAAAACGCCCAAGGAUGCGCUGUGGUCGCAGCUGUUCACCAUUCCGAUCGGCUUCGGCAUCACCUCCUUCAUCGGUAUCAUUGCCUCUUCUUCCUCGACGGUCAUCUUCGGCGAGACCGUCUGGAACCCGCUGGACCUCCUGGGCAAGUUCCUAGAAGGCGCCAGCUCCGCCGAGCGGUUCGGCAUCUUCGUCAUCUCCACCGGAUUCGCCCUCGCCCAGCUGGGAACGAACAUCUCCGCCAACUCCGUCUCCGCGGGGACGGACAUGACCGCUCUCCUCCCGCGGUACCUGACCAUCCGCCGGGGUAGUUACAUCUGCGCGGCGGUUGGCCUGGCCAUGUGUCCGUGGAACCUUGUAUCAUCAUCGAACCAAUUCACAACAUACCUCUCCGCCUAUUCGAUCUUCCUGUCCUCCAUCGCAGGCCCGAUGAUCUGCGACUACUACAUCGUCCGCAAGGGCUACCUGCAGCUCAAGGACCUGUACAGCGCGCGCCCGGGCUCGCCAUACCGCCACUUCUUCGGCUUCUCCUGGCAAGCCUACGCUUCGUAUAUUUCCGGCAUUCUCGUCAACAUCGUCGGCUUUGCCGGUGCCGUCGGACGCACGGUCCCCGUGGGCGCGCAGUACAUCUACAACAUCAACUACUUCUCCGGGAUUAUCGUGUCCAUGGUGAUGUACUACAUCCUGACCCGUCUGUUCCCUGUCGCCGCGACGAGCGACACCUGGAACGAGGUCGACGUGGACGUGGACGGGCUGUCUGUCGCGGACGGCGUGGAGGUGGAGCCGUACACUUCGUACGAGGUGCCGGAGCCGGUGAAAUCGGACUCCUCGUCCGAGCACAAGGGGCCGAAAGCCGGUUCGGCGGCGGUAUAUUGA